GCAAGCUGUCGCGUAUUCAUGGUGUUUCGACCCAAGAAACUGACGACAGGCCGAACUUUGACCACAUCGUCGUUGUGCAAUGGACGACCCAUGGCUUCACACUCUCACAGCCUCGGCUCCGUCCGAACAAGAAUACAGCUCUCAACAUAAGCGACAAGAAUCACUGCUCCAGCAGCAAGCUCCACCAGUGGCAGCCGCCAAAGACGAAUUAAUAUCACGGGCCACGGCGGCAGAAGAGGCGUUGGACUUUGGCGAAGAUGCGUGGAAAAUUGGACCUCCUGCGGCAACCGUCUUGCGCCGGGCGCAAAGUUACAGUGACUUCUACCAUGCGGUGCACGCCUACAGUCGGAGAGGGGAAUAUCUUCGUCGCAAGAGGAGUUCGAACAAUAUCCAAAGUACACCCACCAAAACGAACCCCGAGCUGAGCUUCGAGAAUGAAUUUGGGGAGGUGGAGGGUGCGCUUCUGCAUGAGAGCCAUGCGAAAUAUCAGACAUACCAAGGACAGCUGGAGCUUUCCGAUGCCCACCUAGAUCAUCUAUUGGGAUCGACGAAGACGACGCUGGAAUUGCUCUCGGGGUUGUCCGCCUCAUUCAAACUUGUCGAGGCACAGACUGGAGCAUUCCGCAAGCAAUGUGAAGCGUUGGUCUUGGAACAACGGCAGCUCACGGCGCUCGCAGAUGCCAUUGACGAGAAUGCACAAUACUACACCUUCUUGGAGCCGAUGACGCGGCGCCUCAAUGCGCCAGGUGCCGCCAACUUGGUCCGAGGCAAAGACUUUCCAGAAUUGUUGUCGAACCUUGACAAUUGCCUGGCAUACAUGGAAUCGAAUCCCAAGCACAAGGAGUCGGCCACAUAUCGAAGUCGAUAUCGUCUCCUGCUUACACGUGGAUUGACUCUUGUCCGUGUCUAUUUCACGAAAAUGCUCAAUGAGAUUGCCACAGAUGUGAGUAAGCGCAUCCAGAGUGGCCAGCUUAAGGAGAACACUCAGUCUGCUCUGCUGUAUGCCAAGUUCCGCGUGCCUGCUGCAGAUCUGAAGGCGCUUGGAGUAGAGAUCCAGAAACGAGCUGUGCCCACUCCAGACGACGUCGAUGCUGGCCGCGAGCCUGAAUACCUUAGCUUACUACGGGAGCUAUACCAAUCAUACUCGUCAGUACGGGGACGGCUUAUACUUCCGAUCGUGACCAAGAAGAUUUCCGAGAUUGCCAACUCUACUGCUCAGGCGGAUGUUCUCACCUUCGCUAAAUCGAGUAUGAGCUUCAUGCGUGGUAUCUGUCUCGAUGAGUUUGAGCUCUGGUUCGAAUGGUUCGAGACCGACGGCGCACUUUACGAGUUUCUGGAGAGUCUGAUGGAGCCCAUGUACGACUAUUUCCGACCACGGACGAUUCGAGAGACGAAGAUGGAGAAGCUUUGCGAUUUGUGUUCAAUCAUACAGAGCCGUUAUGGCGACUCGGACGGCGACGAUGAAUUUGAGAAUUCUACAGCCAGCCCAGGCCCACCAAAUGCGCCUGCAAAUCGAAAACUCGACUAUGCGAGCCUCGUUCAGCCAGUCUUGGAGGAUGCACAAACUAGACUUGUUUUCCUCGCAAUGAAUGUCCUGCGGGACGGUAUCGAGAACUACCGACCAACACCAGAGGACUUGAAAAUUCAGCGAGUGGAGACACCAGCGGCGAACGGAACCAAGACCGGGCCAGUCCUGUCCGGAAAACGAGAUAUCACACCAGUAGCACCCACGACACCGAUUCCCAAAACUCCGGUCCUUGUUGAUGUCGAUAGCGAUGAUGCCGAGAGCAUGUUCAGCCGCCGACUCAACGUCAAGGACGAUGACAAAACUUCCUCCUCACGACAGUGGUAUCCCACACUGCGCAAAGCCAUCUGGUUACUGCGCCGAAUCUACCGGCUGGUGAACAGCAGCGUCUUCGACGAUCUCGCACACCGCAUCGUCCAUUCCACCAUCCAAUCUCUCCUCCCGGCCGCACAACAAAUUUCCUCCAAACAUACCCCUCAGGACGGCCAGCUCUUCCUGAUCACUCACCUCCUCCACCUCAAAUCUCAAAUCGUCGCUUUCGACAUCGAGUUCGUCCCUCCGGAGGUCGACUUCGACUUUUCCUCUCUCACCAACCCUUUCUACGAGCUCCGCGACCGCGGCGCCCUCUGGAACCCAGCCUCCUGGGUGCGUCUCGUCGGCGGCGCGCUCCUGCCCAAAAUCGUCGAGAACAUGCUCGACGCCAAAGCCGAACUCGACGGCCGCCUGCGCGCCGCGAUCAACGACUUCGUGCACGGCUACUCCGACCACAUCACCGCCCCCGUCGACCCGGCCGCCAUCGCCGCCGCCAAAUCCGCCGCCGCCAAAGCCAAAACCACCGCGGCCAAGGACGCCGAAGCCUUCGACCCGCUGCGCGCCAUCCGCACCGUUCGCGGCCUCGCGGAGAAGGAUGUCCCCGCCCUUCGCGCGAAACUCACGGCUUUCGUCGACGAUGCGCGGACGAGGGAGACGCUCGUCGCGGCCGUGCGCGAUCAGGUCCUGGCGAGUUAUGAGGAUUUCUUCGAUUCGUUCAGUGAAGGGAAGGGGAGACGGGUGAGCCGCAAGGGCAAGGCGAGGGAGGAUGAGGUGCUGAGUCCGGAGCUGUUCGCGGAGACCAUCGAGAGGGUGUUUUUGGUGGGACGGAUGGUUGGGGAUGGUGACGAUGAGGAUGAUGACGAUGAUGAUGGGAGAAGUGGAGGUGGGAAUGUGAGUGAUUGAUGACGGGGUUUAUUUGGGAUGCAGCAGAUCGGAUUCGAUAACAGAGACAGUGCCGUUGUCACCAUACCCUCUCCAUCUCAAACACGCAUGACAUAAUGGUUACUUCGGCUAAAUGCUGCGCCCUCGAUUAAACCUCACCAAUGAUUGCUGUUUCGUCAUGAGGUUCACAUGGUUGUUCCACUUCUUCCAGCAUACCGUAGAAUUGAUUAUAUUCCGAGGUGAGAGGAAGGACAUACAGAAAAGUGAGGUAGGGCUGAACGACAAUGGGGGAAGAGCGAUCGUCAACCCACACAGCCCGGG